GGCUACGUGACCCAAUCUUAUAGAAUGGGUAGCCAAACAGCAAACAGCACCUGUUCUAACAGAAACCUAACAGGUUGAAAAAACCACACAGAACAGAAACAACACAAAAACGAGUAGCAUGCACUACAGGCAAUGCAGGUUCUUCUUCCUCUUCACCACUCAGCAAUCCUUAUUCGCAGUUCUUGUUUGAAUAUAAGGCGCUUCUCUCUCGCAAACAACCAUUCUCAAUCCUUCAAACCUGCCUUUCCUUUUCCUCCUAAUAACUACCAAUGCGACGAGUCUCAGCUCCUUCACUACCUUACAAAAGGGUUACUUCACGAAGCACGAAAUAUGCUUCACUAUUUUCCAUAUGGAAACCUCCACCGUCGUGUUGUUCGUUGGACCUCUUUGCUCACCAACUAUGCAAAACAUGGUUACCUAGAAGAAGCUCGAAACCUGUUUGACAUAAUGCCUCACAGAAAUAUUGUCACUUACAAUGCAAUGUUGUCUGCAUAUCUGCAAUCUGGUAUGAUUGAUAAGGGUCGGAGGUUUUUCAAUGAUAUGCCGGAGAGGAAUGUUGUUUCUUGGACUGCAAUGGUUAGUGGGUUUGCUGAUGCGGGGAGGAUUGAAGAUGCGAGAAAGGUGUUUGAUGAAAUGCCUGAGAAGAAUGUUGUUUCGUGGAACUCGAUGGUGGUUGGGUUGAUUAGGAAUGGUGAUUUGGAGGAAGCGAGAAAAGUUUUUGAAAAUACCCCUUUUAAAAAUGUGGUGUCUUGGAAUGCUAUGAUUGAGGGUUAUGUUGAAAAUGGUAGAAUGGACGAAGCAAGAGUUUUGUUUGAUCAAAUGGGUUAUUGGAAUGUGAUCACUUGGACUAGUAUGAUAUCUGGGUAUUGUCGUGUGGGUGAUGUGGACGAGGCUUGUUGUUUAUUCCGGAGUAUGCCUGAGAAAAAUGUUGUUUCUUGGACUGCAAUGAUUGGUGGGUUCACUUGGAAUGGAUUCUAUCGAGAGGCGUUGUUGCUUUUUCUUCAGAUGAUGACACUUUCUGAUGCAAAGCCUAAUGGGGAGACCUUUGUUUCUCUUGUCUAUGCAUGUGCUGGCUUGGGGUUUCCUUGUCUUGGCAAGCAAUUGCAUGCUCAGAUGAUUGUUAACAGUUGGAAGCUUGAUGAUUAUGAUGGUAGGUUAGGGAGAAGUCUUGUUAGGAUGUACUCUGUGUGUGGGCUGAUGGACUCUGCACGCAGUGUGUUUGAAGGUGAUCUGAAAAUUUGUGAUGAUCAGUCUUUCAAUUCUAUGAUAAAUGGUUAUGUUCAGGCUGGUCAGUUAGAUAAGGCUCAAGAGUUGUUUGACUUGGUCCCUAUUCGAAACAAAUUUUCCUCGACUUGCAUGAUUUCUGGGUAUCUUAGUGUUGGACAAGUAUUGAAGGCAUGCAAUCUCUUUGGUGACAUGCCUGAAAGUGAUAAAGAUCCCAUUGCAUGGACUUCAAUGAUUUAUGGGUAUGUCCAAAAUGAGCUAAUUGCUGAAGCGAUCAGCUUAUUUGCUAAAAUGAUGGCUCAAGGUGCUUCUCCUAUAAAUUCUACUUAUGCUGUUCUUUUUGGAGCUGUGGGAUCUGUUGCAUAUCUUGAUUUGGGGAAGCAAUUACAUGCUAUGCAGUUAAAGACUGUUUGUGAUUAUGAAUGUGAUGUGUAUCUUGAGAACUCUCUGAUUUCGAUGUAUGCAAAAUGUGGGGAGAUAGAGGACGCGUAUAGGAUAUUCUCAAACAUGACUGGUCGAGACAAAAUUUCGUGGAACUCCAUGAUCAUGGGCCUUUCGGAUCAUGGAAGAGCCGGUGAAGCUUUGAAGAUGUACGAAACCAUGCUUGAAUUUGGGGUAUACCCAGAUGCUGUUACUUUCCUUGGUGUCCUAACAACAUGUGCUCAUGCUGGUCUUGUUGAUAAAGGGUGCGAGUUGUUUAGUGUUAUGAUCAAUGAUUAUGCACUUCAACCUGGCUUGGAGCAUUAUGUUAGCAUGAUCAAUCUUCUGGGCCGAUCUGGAAGAGUGAAGGAUGCAGAGGAGUUUGUGUUGAGGCUACCUGUUGAACCAAAUCAUACCAUUUGGGGGGCAUUGAUUGGAGUGUGUGGUUUGAGUAAAAUAGAUGUAGAUGUUGCUAGGCGUGCAGCCACACGACUGCUUGAGUUGGAUCCUCUGAACGCACCAGGUCAUGUGACCCUUUGCAACAUUUACGCUGCAAAUGAUUUGCACAUUGAAGAGACGAUUUUAAGAAGAGAAAUGAGGAUGAAAGGUGUUAGGAAGACACCUGGAUGUAGUUGGAUAUUAGUGAAGGGUAGAGUUCAUGUUUUCUCGUUGGGAGAUAGAUUAGAACCACAAGGAGAAUAUAUGUUGCUACAUAUUUAAGAAGAAGAAAAAAUAUACUUUUAGCCUAACAUAUGUACAUAAAAAGGUUGUUUUUGGCACACAAAGAUGUAACUGUAAAGUGAUAACUGACAAAGGUAACAUCCUUGUUAUUUCGCUAACACCAAGAGUAGUUGCUUAGGGUACAAAUUAGACGCCUCUUGAAUUCUCACGUCUCUGUCAAAUUCACCACAAUAAUUAUGAGUUUAUCGUUUUGGCUUGAAUUUAUUUCAUAUUUACACCAAAUACAAAUCUCACAUUGUAUUUGGUGGAUCGUCAUCUAUCAUGAGUUGAGACUUGAGAUCCUCUUUAUUUUUCAAAAGAAAUGGACGACUUUAUUUUAAAAAGUAGUACUAGUAA